CCAUUGGUGCUCCAGUGAAGGCUGCAGGGCCACAGCGGAACUGUACUGUAGUAGCAGUACGAUCCUGCGUGUCCUUCACUCACGUGCUCAGUGAAACAGUGGCAUGCUCCCUAUGUGUGCCAGAGAACAGCCUAUUGUUACGCUGUGACUCUUCCUGCUGCUCAAGGACAAAUGUGCAGCUGUCCCACAUACAAAGAUAAAUAUGAUAUAUAAUACUCAUCAGCACAUUCACAGCUCCCUGCUCCUCUUUCUACUCUGGCAGCGUGUCAUCAUUAUGUACUUGAGGUGUGCUAUCUAUAGUCUGUCCAGAGCCGCCUGUCAGCUCGCUGGGUCGGAGCUGCUCAGCCUCUCUGGCAGUCUGUGCAGAAACACCACCCACAGACUGGCUUUCUUCUGUGUCAGAGCUUUCUUGUAGUGAGUGUGUGGUUCAGCUGGGAUGUGAUGAAGGCCCACAGCAGGGAAGAGAUGGAGUCCAGCAGCUGUCCAGCUCACUGUCUGAGGGUCAGUGUUUGUGACAGCUCCUUCAUUGUGGAUAAGAUCCUUCUGGCUGAGAAGUGUGAGUAUUUCAGAGCCUUGUUCCAGUCCGGAAUGAGAGAGUGCCAGCAGGAGCACCUCCAGCUGCAGGGGGUGGGCGCUCCAGGCUUCCUGCUCAUGCUGAGGGUCCUUAGGGGGGAGCGCCCCCUGCUGAGCGCCGACCAGAUCGUGGAGGCCAUCGAGUGUACGGCUUUCCUGCAGGUGCCGGUUCUCACCGAGCACUUGAUCAACACUGUGAACUCUGAGAACUGCCUGCUCAUGUUCCACACAGCGGCCACAUUUGGGGUGAGGGAGCUCGCCCACUGCUCCGCCCUGUUCAUCAGAGACAUGUACUCCGAGCUGGAGGAGGACGUGCACACCUUACCCGACUCGCUGGUGGAGUACAUCCAGUCCCUGCUCCCCAGCAGCUACAUGGCAGUGUGCAGCCACUCCCCAUGCACAGAGCAGCUGCAGGACCCCCAGAGGACCGUGAACUUCCUGGACGAGGACAGCAGGGAGUGGAAGGUGCUGACUCAUCUCCCGGUGAGCACCAGCACCACCAUGGCAGGCGUGGCAGUCCUAGACAACAAACUUUACAUCAUCGGGGGGGUGCAUGAUGUGAGCAAAAAGGUGGUGGAGAGUGGUUUCUGUUACAGCCCUGCAGCAAACACUUGGACCACCUUUUGUGGCCCCCAGAAGCUGCGCUACAACCUGACUCUGAUUGGACACCAGGGCUGCCUGUACGCCCUGGGAGGAGAGAACAACAGGAAGGCCCUGUCCUCUGUGGAGAGGUUCAGGGUGGAAACAGGGAACUGGGGGUUUGUCUCCCCCCUCCCUUGCCCGGCAGCCCUGGUGGUGUCUGCUGUAGCUAUGAGCAGGAUCUUCAUCUGUCUGUGGAAAGGGAAGGGGGCCACAGAUAUACACGAGUACGUGUCGGAGCGCGAUCAGUGGCUCCUGGUCACCACGCUCACCAGGGAGCACAGUUACGCUCUUUACAUGGUGGCCCACAGGGAUAAUCUGUACGUGGUGCGCAAUGGGCCCUGUGAUGACUUCCUGCUGUGUGUGAUGGACUGCUACAGCCUGAGCUCCGGCCAGUGGACGGCUGUGUGCGGUCACUACGGCAACAGUAAGGGCUCCCUGCUCACCGCUGUGGUGAGAGGAGACUCAGUGUUCACUCUGAGCCGCCACGUCACCACAGAGUACACAGUGGAGGAUCACAGGUGGAGAGUGACGCGGGAGAUGAAAGGGUUCGGUAGGAUUGGAUCCAUAUAUACAUUUCUGAUGAAGCUUCCUAAAGCCACUGUCUCCCCUUUGGGAAAGUCUCCAGAUGUGAACCAAACCCUCAGAACCUGUCCCAGAAUCUCCUCACAAUGCUCAGACAAUAACUAAUAUGCCUGUCUUAUUU